AUGGCAAGGAUUGACACCUUUUUGGUCUUGGAGCUGCUUCCAAAGGACUUGCAGAAUAUCAGGAUUGUUCAGCAUUUUCUCUUUUCGCUUGGAAGCAAUGUUAAUGAUGCCGAUUUGCCGCUCAGACGAAUCUCAAGCUUCUUUGGCAUCUGUUCCCGAAAUUAUUAUCAAGACUUACCUUUUACUACAGAAUCUGUACACGAGGAUCUAUUUCCUUCCGAUCAAAGUAAUUCUUCUGGUCUACCCAACCAAGACUCGAUUUAUGUGGACAAAAGCCAGGAUUUAUUGAAAGAAGCGACAUGGCAAACAAAACUUCUUAUUCUUGUUUGCAUGCUCUCUUUACCAGUCGGCUGCCAUUACCUUGAAGCUACCAUGGGUACCCUCAAGACAACAUUAAAAAAUUCUAUGCAUAUCAACAAUACCCAAUUCAGUAUCCUACUAUCAUCUGUCUCACUAGUUAAUACAAUUCUCCCCUUACUGGCCGGUACAUUUGUGGAUGAUUUGUCUAGUGUAGGCUCAAUUCGUGGCUCUACUCUAGUAAGCACAGUGAUUUUCUCUGGAAGUCUUAUGGUGUCCCUAGCCGCUGAACGCAACAGCUAUCCAGUCAUGAUAACUGGCCAGAUAAUAUACGGACUUGGAGGAGGCAUGAUUGUAACCAUGCAAGAAGCAAUCUUGUCUCGCUGGUUCCGAGACAGACAACUAGCUAUUGUGAUCGGCAUCUUAUUGUCCUUUGCUAGACUUACGAAAUGGGCAGCCAAGAUGGUCUGCUAUCCGAUUGUAAACUCAACUCAAUCACACGCCUGGCCUAUCCAUGUGGCAACUAUUCUCUGUGGCGUCGGCAUAGUUAUGAACUUUCUCUAUUGGGCUGUUAUGUACCGCCAUGGAUGCUCCACUGUGUACGGAAAAGAAAUCUCACAACCGAUAACUGGUUACCAGAGUCAGUUUGCCGCAUCCCAAUCCCCCAAUAAUGGUCGUUCAUCUUUCAGAUGGUCUUCAAGGAUGUUUUUGCUACUUCCAAGUACUUUCUGGAUGGUUCCAUGGGUCCAGUUGGUCAUGUCAAGUGUCUUGAGUAGCUUUGAUGAUGUUGCAACGGAAUUUAUCCAGUUUAGAUACAAUACAACAAGCGUGAUGGCUGGGUACCAAAGUAGUCUUACCCAGGUAAUGCCAAUUGUGGUGGCACCAAUCAUGGGUAUAAUUGUACACCGCUAUGGCAAGCGUCUGACAAGUCUAUUUUUUGCUACACUUAUAUUGAUUUUAUCAAUGGUAUUGUUGGCUUAUACCUGGGUAACACCUGCGGUAGGAAUGAUUUUGUUUUCAUUGGCACUUGCUCUUGGCCCGGUAUCGGUCUUGAGUUCAACAUCACUCUUGCUACCUCAUGAGUUGGCUGGGACAGGCAUGGGGCUACACAAAUGUGCAAACAAUAUCGGAUCAACCAUUGUGUCUGUGUUGAUAGGAUAUGUCCAGGACCUGACCUUCCAUGAUGGCGACCCUCACGAUGACCAACAGGAUUUGGAAUCAGAGUAUGACGGUGUCAUGAUAUUCUUCCUCAUAAUGGGUUGUUUUUCGACUCUUAUAGCGAUUUUGUUUUGGGUAAUGGACAGUCGACUUCUCUCUGGCUGGCUCCAGGCAGACAUCAAGGAACGAGAGCGCCGAAUUGAACAGGUCAAACUUGAGCAGACAGAAUCAAAAUAUGAGAACAAGAAUUUGUUUGAUACAAAAUCGCUCCAGAAGAUCGGAAGUCAGAUGAGGACAAAACCUACUUACGUAUACGUGUCAUUUUAUGGAUUCUGGCUGGUUGUUUCUUGGGUCAUCUUUUUUGCAUUUGCUCUAAUGCCUGUCUACCAAAAAUACAACAUUUAA